UACAGACAUCGUGUUGACUAUACUGCGGUUGGUGGAUAUUGGUCAAUCUACAUCCGACGUUCUUGUGCACAUCAGCUGGGUUACCAUUUAGCCUGUGUGAACUGGACUACGACAGUACAACAAGACCACCAUGGAUCUUUCACCUGACAUCCGUGCAAGGUUCAGGGAGUGCAGCGAGGAGUUUGAGCAAACCGCACUCGCGAAAAGUAGUCCCCUGCACCGUCAAGUUCCAGGAACCUCAGAUGGGCCAACAUCACCAUCUCGACGUGGUCGCGAAGGACUCUACACCCCUGACUGUCCGUAUCAUCAGUCGCUAUACAACUUUCUUCACGAUCUCAAGAAAGUGUCUUUUGCUCUUUGGAAGUUCUGUCAGUAUCGCGCUACUACUGUCAAUACACCUCUUUUGGCUUUGCACUGUCUUUACAGCAUGCGGCCAGUAGUACACAUCAUGUGUAUCCUUCUCUCCGCUCCUCACAUCGUGAGCCAGGCUUUAACCUUCGACUUCCGUCCCAGUGGUUGUAAACUGGAAGACUGCCACUCUGAUGGUCAUAAAAGCCAACCAGAGCUUGAGCUCUCAGGACGGAGUGGGACUGUGUGAACCAACUCACCUAUCAUGUUGUUGCUGUUGCUCUCGUUCGAAGUGGCCUUCAUCUACAACAACAGGAUCAU